AUGUGGAUUAAAGAAGGUGAUAUAAACAAAAUUUCGGGACUUUAUCAGCAGAUGUUGGAUAAAGGAAUACAGCCAAAUUCGGUUACUUUUUCUGUUGUCAUACCGGCACAAGUAAUAUCAGGAAAAACAAAUCAAGCGUUAGAAUUAUUACGAAAGAUGAUUUCAAUGGAAGAGUCAAUGGAACACAAAUCUCGAAUUUUCUAUAAACUUUUUCAAAAUUUUAAGGGUGAUCUAGCGUUGACUAAAAAUUUUUUACAAGGGAUAGUUGAUCAUAAAAUAAAUAUAAAUCACAAGAUAUAUAACGACCUUAUUAAUGCUUAUGCUAAAAAACCUGAUAUUAACGGGGCAUUUGAGAUAUACAAUGCACUCAUCAAUCAAGGGGGGAUGAUAGAUGUCAUCACAUUUACCAAUAUGAUAAAAGCAAUUAUUCAAGCCGAUAAAACCGAAGAAGCAAUGCAAUUUUAUUAUGAAGUUAAACAAACAGGAAUCCAGUUAGAUACCCAAGCAUACACAACCAUGUUGGAUACUUUCGUUAAAAUGAGACGAACAGCUGAAGCACAAAGAAUUUUUGUCGAAAUGCGAAGAUCAAAAGUAAAGCCUAAUGUAUUCACUUAUACAUCCCUUAUAACUGGACUAGGACAAACCUACAAUUAUGAUGGUGUAAGAAAUGUACAUAAUUUAGUUAGAAUGGAUCUUAAUGUUGAAUUAGAUAUAGGGAUUUACAAUGCUUUAAUGGACGCUUAUAAUAGAUGUGGUCAUAUACAUCAAGUUCUUUUGAUUUGGGAUUUAUUAAUUAUUGGCGAGCUACCAAUUGAUAAUUCUACAGUAUCGAUAAUUCUAGAUUCGUGUGGUUAUGGAAGAGUUAUCCAUAGGAUUUUAAAUAUUUGGAAAUAUCUUCAAGACAAGAAAUUUCCUUUAAAUCUUAAUAAUUAUCAUUCAUAUAUCGAAGCAUUAGCUCGUAAUCAAUUAUUUGAUGAAGCUAAAAAUGUCUUAAUGAAUGAAUUGAAGAAUAACGGAUUUAAGCCUGAAACAAAAACAAUAAGGUCUUUAUUAAAUUUUUUACAUGACGUACCAAAAAAAAGUAGGUGUGAAUAUGAAAUUAUCGAAUGGGUUAGAAACGAAUAUCCAGAUUUAGCUAAAGAAAUGAAGUUUACCGAGCGAAAAUCUUCUAAAAAGAGUGGUGACUAA